GUCAUUGUGACAUCGCAACCAAGCUAUAAGUACGACCCCUUCCACCCCUCUUUCAUUCAUAGCUAUUCGCAGUUCCCAAAUUCAUUUUAAUCCUAAUUCUGCACUUCUUGAUCAUUCGAUUUUUCUCCUCAAGAUGCAGAUAUUCGUAAAAACUUUGACCGGCAAGACCAUCACCCUUGAGGUGGAAUCCUCCGACACCAUUGACAACGUAAAAGCUAAGAUUCAAGACAAGGAAGGGAUCCCACCUGACCAGCAGAGACUUAUCUUUGCGGGUAAACAACUUGAGGAUGGUCGCACCCUUGCUGAUUACAACAUCCAAAAGGAAUCAACCCUCCAUCUCGUGCUUCGCCUCAGGGGUGGCAUGCAAAUCUUUGUCAAGACUUUGACCGGGAAGACCAUCACCCUUGAGGUGGAAUCCUCGGACACCAUUGAUAAUGUUAAGGCCAAGAUCCAGGACAAAGAGGGCAUCCCCCCAGAUCAGCAGAGGCUGAUUUUUGCCGGUAAACAACUUGAGGAUGGAAGAACCCUUGCUGAUUACAACAUUCAGAAGGAAUCCACCCUUCACUUGGUGCUUCGUUUGAGAGGUGGUAUGCAGAUUUUCGUUAAAACUUUGACCGGAAAGACCAUAACCUUGGAGGUGGAGAGUUCAGAUACCAUAGACAAUGUGAAAGCUAAGAUUCAGGACAAGGAAGGUAUCCCACCAGACCAACAGAGGCUUAUCUUUGCCGGGAAACAGCUUGAAGAUGGAAGAACCCUUGCUGACUAUAACAUCCAGAAGGAAUCUACCCUGCACUUGGUGUUGCGGCUUCGUGGUGGCAUGCAAAUCUUUGUUAAGACUUUGACUGGAAAAACCAUAACUUUGGAGGUUGAAAGUUCUGAUACCAUUGAUAAUGUGAAGGCAAAGAUUCAGGACAAGGAGGGCAUUCCACCUGAUCAGCAGAGGCUUAUUUUUGCUGGGAAGCAACUGGAAGAUGGUCGUACCUUGGCAGAUUACAAUAUUCAGAAGGAAUCCACCUUGCAUCUCGUCCUUCGCCUUCGCGGUGGAAUGCAGAUAUUCGUGAAAACUUUGACCGGCAAGACCAUCACCCUUGAGGUGGAAUCCUCCGACACCAUUGACAACGUAAAAGCUAAGAUUCAAGACAAGGAAGGGAUCCCACCUGACCAGCAGAGACUUAUCUUUGCGGGUAAACAACUUGAGGAUGGUCGCACCCUUGCCGAUUACAACAUCCAAAAGGAAUCAACCCUCCAUCUCGUGCUUCGCCUCAGGGGUGGCAUGCAAAUCUUUGUCAAGACUUUGACCGGGAAGACCGUCACCCUUGAGGUGGAAUCCUCGGACACCAUUGAUAAUGUUAAGGCCAAGAUCCAGGACAAAGAGGGCAUCCCCCCAGAUCAGCAGAGGCUGAUUUUUGCCGGUAAACAACUUGAGGAUGGAAGAACCCUUGCUGAUUACAACAUUCAGAAGGAAUCCACCCUUCACUUGGUGCUUCGUUUGAGAGGUGGUAUGCAGAUUUUCGUUAAAACUUUGACCGGAAAGACCAUAACCUUGGAGGUGGAGAGUUCAGAUACCAUAGACAAUGUGAAAGCUAAGAUUCAGGACAAGGAAGGUAUCCCACCAGACCAACAGAGGCUUAUCUUUGCCGGGAAACAGCUUGAAGAUGGGAGAACCCUUGCUGACUAUAACAUCCAGAAGGAAUCUACCCUGCACUUGGUGUUGCGGCUUCGUGGUGGCAUGCAAAUCUUUGUUAAGACUUUGACUGGAAAAACCAUAACUUUGGAGGUUGAAAGCUCUGACACCAUCGAUAAUGUGAAGGCAAAGAUACAGGACAAGGAAGGUAUUCCACCAGACCAGCAGAGGCUUAUUUUUGCAGGGAAGCAGCUGGAAGAUGGGCGUACCCUGGCUGAUUAUAAUAUCCAGAAGGAAUCCACUCUGCAUUUGGUGUUGAGGCUUCGUGGUGGUAUGCAAAUAUUUGUGAAGACUCUGACAGGGAAGACCAUAACCUUGGAGGUGGAAAGCUCUGAUACCAUUGAUAAUGUGAAAGCAAAGAUUCAGGACAAGGAGGGUAUUCCACCAGAUCAGCAGAGGCUUAUUUUUGCUGGGAAGCAAUUGGAAGAUGGUCGUACCUUGGCGGAUUACAAUAUUCAGAAGGAAUCCACCCUGCAUCUUGUCCUCCGCCUUCGUGGUGGUUUCUGAGUCUGUCUGUUAUGUCCAAUAUUAGUUGAAUUCUCUGUUGUUAUGUCCAGUGUAUGUUGAACUCGUUGGUUGCAGCUGUUAUUUAGGUGCUGCUUUAAUGUUUUAAGUUUUAAGGCUAUGUCUGUGACAUAGCUUGCUAUGCACGGUCUCGUGCAAAAGAAUAAAAAACCAUUAUCAUCUCACAAUUACUUUUUA